CACGAUGACAACCCCCACCGAGCCCACUAGUUCUACAACUCUCAAACGCAAAUCUCUCGAUGCUCCAGCUACCUCGAAACCUCCAAAACGCCCCCGCCUGCCCCCGGGCUACAAAUCCACCCCCCGUCCUAUCCCGCACCCCGCCAUACCCACCCCCUUCGCCUCCGCCGACGCCCCAAAAAACGUCUACGUAAAACACAACACGCCCUUCAUCUCCGCUGUAAAACGCAUCCGCGGCCUGCUGCGCCAGAUCGAGAAACGCGAAACCCAAUCUCUAUCCAGUGGGCGGAAACCGCUGGACGCGAAGACGGUGGAGGCGGCGAUUGCGAAUGCGCGGGAGAACAAGGAUGCAGGCAAGGAGGGGGAGCCGGUAUACUUGAAGGCGACGGGGCGGGCGAUUGAUAGGGCGUUGCAUGUGGCGCUGUAUUUCCAGGAGCAGGGGUUUGAGUUGGAGAUUGAGACGGGGGCGGUGGAGGUGGUGGAUGAUGUUGUGAGGGAGCGUAAGGGGGGGUAUUUGGGGUCUUGGGUGAAGAGAGGGGAGGAGGUGGAGGAGGUGGAAGAUGAGAAUGAAAAAGAGGAGGCGGUCGAUACCGAGAUGAAGGAUGAUGGGCUGAAGAAGGAGGGUGGAGGGGAGAAGGAGGUUGCAGAGCUGGAAAAGCCUCCGGAGAAGAAGGCUGCGGAAGAGAAGGAGGUUGCAGAAAUGGGGAAGUCUCCGGAGAAGAAGGCUACGGAAGAGAAGGAGGAGACAGCCACAGACGACAUUCCAGAAUCAAGGACUCGGCGGUUGAACUUCAUAUCUGUCGCCAUCCGCCAACAAUGAGGCAUUCGUGGCGAACCGAUAGCCAUCACACACAAUGUCCACGGCACCACUUGUCAAAAGGCCGUAGUAGACAAGCAAAGUCACGCUAAAAGACACAGUGGGACUGAGCCAAAGUGGGAUAUUUACAGAAGGUGAUGCUCGCGGCGUGCACCGAUUCGUCGAAGAACACUUUCACGGCCAAAGUGAAUGUUCAACUCUCGAUCUUGAGCUGCGAAAUAGGCCUCUGCUGUUACUUC